GAUAUGCUCAAAAAUGGGCUUAUAUUGAAGUGUGCUUCGUGCAUCAAUAGAGUGCUAUCGUUAUCAUUACUUUCCCUAUGCUCGAACAGGGCCCCGAUUGAAGCUUACCCCACAUUCGGCGGCUGCAAGCAACAUUUCUGUCGGAUGCGUGUCAUUCCCCUCCCUUCAGUGUCACUGCAGACAGGGUCAUCAAGUCAGAUAGAUCUGCUGCCGAAUCUGCUAAUGGUUAGCACGUUGAUAACAGCAACACAAACUCCCAGCCAACCUCCGAAGAUCGCCGGGGCUCACCGGAGAAUCCUACCAAGCCUGGCUCUCAUUCGAUAAGAGAUGUCAAUAAGAUGGCACACACACCAGGCGGGCGUUUCCCCAUUGUCCUCCCAUCAUCUGUGCACGCAGGCGACGAGAUCCAACCCCUUCUGACGGCAGCUGCAUCCACCAUGGCGACGGAGCCAAACCACCCCGUCGAUUCCAAGCCCGGCGCGAGCGACGCAGCCAUCUUGGCCGAGGCUGUUCAGCAAGAACACAGUCUGACGUUCACGCAAGCCGUGCAGCUGUACCCGACUGCUGUGGGAUGGUCGGCAUUCGUGUCGCUAGGGGUUAUUAUGUUAGCAUUUGACCCCCAGCUGCUGGGAAACUUGUACGCAACCCCGCAAUUCCAAGCCGACUUUGGCUAUGAGUUUGAAGGGUCGUAUAUCAUAUCCGCGCCCUGGCAGACAGGCCUAUCAAUGGGCAACCCGGUAGGCCAAGUCGUCGGCGCCCUGGUCUCAGCGUACCCUAUGGACAUAUUCGGCCGGAAGUACACCUUCGGCGUCUGUGUCAUCCUCACCGCCGGGCUGGUCUUCAUCCAAUUCUUCGCGCGCUCGCUGGAAGUGCUUCUCGUAGGCGAGCUACUGGGCGGGCUCGUGCUCGGCUGCUACGUGGUCAUUGCCCCGGCUUACGCGUCCGAGGUGUGUCCCCUGGCUUUGCGUGGGCAUUUGACGAGCUAUACGAAUCUGUGUUUCGUUAUGGGGCAGUUUCUUGCGAAUGGGGUUACGGCCGGGACCUCCAAGUUGAAUACGCAUUGGGCAUAUAGCAUCCCGUUUGCGCUGCAGUGGUUCUGGAUUGCUGUCAUCAUCCCGGGCAUGUUUUUCAUACCCGAGAGUCCUUGGUGGCUUGUUCGUAAAGGACGGAUGAACGAAGCGGAAAACGCCUUGCGUGCAUUGUCUUCGAAAGGGGUCAACGUAGAAGCAACAUUAGCCGCCAUCGCUGAGACGGAUCGACUCGAGCAGGAAAUUGAAGCUGGGAGCACUUAUAUUGACUGUGUGAAGGGCAUAAACCUCAGACGAACCGAAAUCUCCGUGGGCGUGUACUGCACCCAAGUUCUCAGUGGCAUCUACCUCAUCAACUACGGGACGUAUUUCUUCCAGCUUGCUGGCCUACGCACCGAAGAUGCUUUUUCCAUGGGCAUCGGCUUCUUAGCUGUGGGCUUCGUCGGAACCGUUUUAUCCUGGUUUCUGCUUGUCCGAUUCGGAAGACGAUCCAUCUACUUGAACGGCUUGUUGGUUUUGAUCGUGUUGCAGCUCAUCAUUGGCAUUCUCGACUGCAUUCCUGGUCGCCCAUCCGGUGUGACUUGGGCCGAAUCCACGCUCAUGUUGGUCUGGAACUUUGCGUACGAUCUGAGCAUUGGCCCCGUCUGCUUCACUCUCAUCGGUGAAUGCUCUGCGACGCGUGUCCGAUCCAAGACGAUUGCCAUCGCUACAGCAGCCCAGGGCCUACUGGGCAUUGUGAUGACCGUAGCUAUCCCAUAUAUGAUUAAUCCUGAUCAGGCCAACAUGCAGGGCAAACUGGGAUUUUUCUUCGGUGGCCUGGCUUUCCUGUGCUAUAUCUGGGCGUUCUUUAGGAUCCCUGAAACUAAGGGCCGGACGUAUGAGGAGCUUGAUCUUCUGUUCAACAAGAACUUACCGGCGCGGAAGUUCAAAGGCUAUCAAAUUGAGGGGCGCUAUGACGACUGAGAAUGGAUUGUCAAUACUGGUUACAUGUAAGCCAUGGACUUUAACAUAACGAACUUCACCCAUAUUUCAACUCCACGGCCAUGAACACAUAUGAGAUUGACUACGCUGGAAAUAGUCUAAGUAACGGCAGUGAUGCAAACCGCAAUCCUUAUUCCCGAUUGGAAAUGAAAUAUAUAUUAA